AAGAAUCACAAUAAAGAGUUGUCAAACGUCAACUUCCUCUGAGAUCGGCUACGCCUCUUGACUCGCAUUGCCGCCGAUGCACCUCCAUACGCCUCUCGCUCAUUCCUCAAUCCACCUCGCAUUUCACAAGCGCCACCACCUCCGUACACUCACAUCAUGUCGUCCGUGGACCUGAGCAUCCUGCGCAACGGCAUUCCGGCCGAGCUGCCGGUGCACCCGGGCAACCACCCAGACCCGACGUUGCCCAAGGCUCCGCACCGUAACAUCGACGGUCUGUCCAAGGACGAGCUGGUGCUGGCUGUACAGAACGCACUGCGCUACUUCCCCGAGAAGUUCCACGCCACACUGGCGCCCGAGUUCGCGCAGGAGCUCAAGGACGAGGGCCACAUCUACAUGCACCGCUUCCGUCCCGUGCAGUACGAGAUGAAGGCGUACCCCAUUGACCAGUACCCGGCCAAAUGCAAGCAGGCGGCCAGUAUCAUGCUCAUGAUCAUGAACAACCUUGACCGUCGCGUAGCACAGUUCCCCAACCACCUGGUCACGUACGGUGGCAACGGCAGUGUCUUCCAGAACUGGGCACAGUAUCUUCUCGCCAUGCGCUACCUGUCCGAGCUCACGGAACAGCAGACGCUCGUCAUGUACUCUGGUCACCCCAUGGGUCUGUUCCCUAGCCGUCCGGCGGCACCGCGUAUGGUGGUGACCAAUGGUCUCAUGAUCCCGAACUACUCCACACGCGCUCAGUACGACAAGGCGUACGCUAUGGGCAACACCCAGUACGGUCAGAUGACGGCCGGCAGCUACUGCUACAUUGGUCCGCAGGGUAUUGUGCACGGUACUACCAUUACCGUGCUGAACGCUUGCCGCAAAUACCUGCAGCGUGAGAACACCCGCGGUACGGUGUACGUGUCCUCGGGUCUGGGCGGUAUGAGUGGCGCCCAGCCCAAGGCCGGUGUCAUCUCCGGUGUCAUCUCGGUGACAGCGGAGAUCGACGAAUCCGCAGUGAAGAAGCGUCACGAACAGGGCUGGGUUGACGAGGUCGUGAGUGACCUGGACGCCUGUGUCGCUCGUAUCCGUGAGGCUAAAGCCAAGGGCGAGGUGGUGAGUCUAGCUUACCACGGCAACGUCGUCACCCUCUGGGAACGUCUCGCCGAUGAGGCUGAAGCUACGGGCGAGAUGCUCGUGGAGCUGGGCUCGGACCAGACCUCGCUGCACAACCCGUUCAACGGCGGCUACUACCCGGUGCAGCUGUCGUUUGAGGAGUCUCAGCGCGUUAUGGCUGAAGACCCAGAGCGCUUCCAGGAACUGGUACAGGAGUCUCUCCGUCGUCACGCUGUUGCUAUCAACCGGUUGACAGCCAAGGGUAUGCGUUUCUGGGAUUAUGGUAACUCGUUCCUACUGGAAGCCCAGCGUGCCGGUGCUGACGUGCUGCGCCCCGGUGUGAAGCCCGAGGAAGCUGCUGUGUCUACCACUGCCUUUAAGUACCCUAGCUACGUGCAGGACAUCAUGGGCGACAUUUUCUCGCUCGGUUUCGGUCCGUUCCGUUGGGUCUGCACGUCAGGUAACCACGAAGAUCUGCAGAAGACGGAUGCCAUUGCCGCUCGUGUGAUGCGUGAGCUGCUCGCCGACCCUGAAGUGCCCGACCGUGUCGCGGCUCAACUGCGCGAUAAUUUGCGUUGGAUUGAGGCUGCCGAGGAGAACAAGCUGGUCGUGGGUUCGGAGGCGCGUAUCCUGUAUGCUGACCGCGUGGGUCGCGGCACGAUCGCCAUGGCUUUCAACGAUGCUGUGGCUAGUGGCGAGCUGUCUGCGCCCGUCGUGCUGAGCCGUGACCACCACGACGUCAGCGGCACGGACAGCCCGUUCCGUGAGACGUCGAACGUGACGGACGGCUCGGCGUUCUGCGCCGACAUGGCUGUGCAGAACGCGCUGGGUGACGCCGCUCGUGGAGCUACGUGGAUCGCACUGCACAACGGCGGCGGUGUCGGCUGGGGUGAGGUAAUGAACGGUGGCUUCGGUAUGGUGCUGGACGGCUCGCAGGACGCACGCGAGAAGGCGGCGUGCAUGCUCGGCUGGGACGUGAACAACGGCGUGGCUCGUCGUGCGUGGGCUCGCAAUGCCAACGCACGCUUCGCUAUUGAGCGCGAGAUGAAGGCGGAUCCUUUGCUGACAGUGACACUUGCCAACGAAGCUGACGACGCUAGUGUGCGUGAUGCUGUGAGCAAGCUCUUCUAGACGACGAGAAUCAAGAAAUUUUGGUAGAAAAAGUUGCGUUGCAUUUUGUUUUGACAACGGUGUUGGUGCAACUUGGGCAAUCGAUAUACUAAACAAAUACACCCACCUUGCCCAACUCACGGAAUUGCGCUUGAGUCACUUAUUAUCACGGUUUGGAUAUUGCGAUGGUUGUUUGCUUGGAUGCAAGACCCAGAAGAACUGCCAGCCGAGUCGGUCAGUAGUGCCAUCAGUAUCGUAUAAGGACACUCUCCUUGUUCCACACUGUGGCUGUUAACCACAUUGCCGACGUUGCUUUCCAAGUACGCGCGAUAUCUCCGCCUUGUUGUUCCUCGGGGAGGAUAUCCUCUUGCCCACAUUCAUCGUUAUUCAUAAACCCUUCGAACGAGCCAAUCUUGCAUUUGGUCA